AUGGCGGGCAUGAUUGCCAACACCUGUCUCGAGUCCACGGCGCGGGAUGCGAGAGAGCUGUCCGACGCGACUGCCGGCUUCAGCACUGCGGUGAAGGAUGCCGCGACGAACCUCAUCUGGCCGCUGAUUGUAGAGAAUGUCACAACGGUUGGGGACUGGGUCCGUGAAAGCGAGACCAAGGCCUAA